CCCGCCCCGGGCGGCCACGGACGCGUCGCAGCGCGAACGAGGCAUCCCUCCUCGGAGAAGUAGGCCUCGUUACACGGGUCUUGUUUCACGCUUUUUCGGAGACGACGAGCGCUGCAACAAUCGAGAGAGUGCGAGCUUUUGCGCCGCGCUCGCGUCGUCCCGAAGCGCCAGCGACGCGUGGGAGGAGCUCUACUAAAGCGUACAACCGGUACAAAAGCGCAGCGGGACCGGGAGAGCCCGUUCGCUUAGCUCAGGAGUGUGCUUGACAGAGUGGCUGCAGAGCGGCGCCGCGACGCCGAUCAAUAAUCGAACGCGUCGCACGAUGCGCGCGGCCGCGCUGCUCGCCGUAGCGACAACAACGACGACGACCGCCAUCGACUGGGCCGCGCCCGGCGCGUCGCGCGCGACGCUCGCGACGCUCGAGGGCUACCCGCCGCCCACGUGCACCUGCGCCGCGACGCUCGAGGGGUCGGUGGACGAUGUGGUGGAUGCGCUCCUCGACCCGGGCACGCACCACACGUGGGUGAGCCGCCUCGACGAGAGCGUCGUGUUGGCCAAGGACGGCGCCGAGCUCGUCGCCGACGCGGACGACGCCCAGGUCGUCUACUACCGCUUCGCGCUGCCCUUCCCCUGCUGGGACCGCCAGGUCUCGGCGGCGCUGUAUUGUGAUAGGACCGAGGGCGGCGGCGCGCGCGUCGAGCUGCGCCGCGUGUCGCUGCCGCCGCCGUCCGAGAAGCCGCAAAGUUGGCGGCGCAAACCCAAGAAGCGGGGCGACCGCGUCGUCGGCUGGACGACGGCGGCCGCGGAGCGGUUCGGCCCCGCGUGGAGAAUUAUUGCGCGGUCACGGGGACGACGUCGCAUCGAUGGCGCGGAAACUCCACGCCAUCGAGCAGACGCCGCUACGGAGACAAGUCUGAAAUUUGAUUUCCAAACACAGGUUCGUCCUCUGGGCGCCGCCGGUGCUGCGGAACAAGGUCUCGCGCGUGCGGCCGAACGUCGAGAAGCAGCACGGCGUCGUGCGCUCGGACUGCGUGACGCUGCCGGCCUUCCGCGUGACCUACGCGCUCCAGCCGCGCGGCGCGGACCGGACGCGCGUCGAGCUGACGCUCGGCGCGGACCCGGGCAUCCCCUGCCCGCCGUGGCUCAUCCGGUGGGGCCUCGGCCACGCGGACCGCACGCUCGAGGCGCUCGAGGCGACGGUCACGGCGCGGGCCGCCGAGAAGGCGCUGCGCCGCGGCAAGGGGCGGCCGGCGGCGGCGCGGGACCCGUCCGUCGUCCUGCUAUCGAAACGGCGGCCGGCGCGGCCGUGGCGCGCGAAUCCCUUCCGGAAGCGGCCGCCGCCGAUGACUCCGGCGGCGUUCAAUUUUCGGCCGUAGUAAUGGGGUCUUUUUUUGUAGUUUGGUAG